AUGUCUUUGGAGGACUCGUUCAUUUUAAACCCUGAGAACAUGAUUUUUAACGUAUCGCAAGUGUCCAGUAUCAACACUGAGGUCCAGACGCACUACAUUUGGCUGCCCGGUAUUGCUAUCGCCACCGUCUACGGAUUACUAAUAAUUAUUGGACUUAUUGGUAACGUCACGCUAAUGAGGACGUUUAUCACAGUUAAAUCCAUGCGGACGGUGCCCAACCUGUUCAUGUCCAGCCUCGCGCUCGGGGACCUGCUGCUUCUAGUCACGUGCGCUCCGGUGGACGCCAGUCGGUACCUCGCGGACAAAUGGCUCUUCGGCCGGGUGGGAUGCAAACUCAUCCCGUUCAUCCAACUCACCUCCGUCGGCGUCUCCGUUUUCACACUCACUGCGCUCUCUGCAGAUAGGUACAAGGCCAUUGUCAAACCCAUGGACAUCCAGACGUCCACAGCUAAGAUCUGGAUCUGUUUCCGAGCAGCAGCCAUAUGGCUCUUCUCCAUGACCCUGGCCGUUCCUGAGGUGGUCUUCUCCGACCUUCACACCUUCAACAUCGGCCAGACCAACGACACCUUUGUGACAUGCGCUCCCUACCCCCACGCCGGGGAACUGCACCCUAAGAUCCACUCCAUGGCCUUCUUCCUCAUCUUCUACAUCAUCCCCCUUCUCAUCAUCUCUGUGUACUACUGCUUCAUCGCACGCAGCCUGAUCCAGAGCGCCUCAGACAUGCCCGUGGAGGCAAACUUACACAUCAAAAAACAGAUUGAGUCCAGGAAGCGUCUGGCUAAGACAGUCCUGGUUUUUGUGGGUUUGUUCGCUGUGUGCUGGCUCCCCAGUCAUGUGAUCUACCUGUACCGCUCCUACCACUACGGCCAGGUGGACACGUCCCUGGGACACUUCAUCGCCAGCGUGGGUGCCCGCGUCCUGGCCUUUACCAACUCCUGUGUCAACCCUUUUGCCCUCUACCUGCUCAGCAAUAGCUUCCAGAAGCAGUUCAACAAGCAGCUCCAAUGCCGCCGUCGUCCACCAAUCAACUGUAAUGCUCAGAGCACGGGGCGGAGCAACACGCGACUGACCUCGGUCAAGAGCAACAAUCAGUCUCURGCUAACUUCAGCCUCGUCAACGGGGCUCAUGUUAGUCAGGAAGGCUGUGUGUAGUGACUGUGCUAAAGAUGAUGCUUUAGACUUGUAAAAGUGACAUUCCAAGACUGACAUACUGCCAACCAAUCAAAUCACAGAAUAAUUUAUGGCUGUAACCCAAAUACUGUAGUGGGCCUGUGUUCUAACUCCAAGUGUUGAUAUUG